AUGGCCUUGGUUAGGUCGACUCGACUUCCUGGCUUUGAGCCUUUUAACGCAAUGAAUCUUCUGCGGGCCGAAAGACACGCGAAGUGGACACGUACGGGAGAUAGAAAGGAAGUAGUGCGUGACUGUCGAUCAUUUAACAUUGAGGCUAAAGCGAGGAAAAAAAUCACCAAACAAGAGCCCCUUAGCAGACAUGUGGCAAGAUGUCUCAGGUGGUUAGAGCGCGGAUUUACUAACCGGAAGGUUCGCGGUUUGAACCCGACCUAUGCCCCUCAACUUUUCCUGUCUGGGCUUGGGCAACCUGGCGGUAUACCAGCACUCGUGCUUCCCUCGGGUAGCAUGGCAGCUAGGCACCGAAAGGGCGUCACAGAUGAACAGUUUUUUUAA